AAUUUCUUUAGCCGCCGACUUGGUACAAUCGAAUCGAGGAGAUUCGAUUUCGAAGAAGCAUGGUGGGAUUUAAGAACAGAUACAUGUUAAUGGAAGUUUUUCUGGAUCCGGACAAAGAUCUUCUCGGAGAAGGAACACCGAUCAUUCUUACACAAUUCAAUCUCUCGAAAGCAAUCAAAGACAGUAUCCUCGUCAAUUUCGGCGAGUGUGGUCUAGGUUCGUCUCUCGGUUCCUUCCAAGUGAAAUAUGUGAAUCCAAUUACAAAGCUAUGCAUAGUAAGAUCAUCAAGAGAGGAACACAGACAAGUUUGGUCAGCAAUCACGUUGGUUAAAAGCAUCGGAAACUGUCCGGUGAUCUUAAACUUGCUCGAUAUCAGCGGUUGCAUCAGAGCGUGUAAAGACACAGCCUUGAAGUGCGACAAAGAGAAGUUUGAGCAGUGUAGCAAAAGCUUGUCUGAAGAGGAGAUUCGGCAGAUGAAUACUUGUCUGGAGAAGAUCAAACUAUUGGAAAACUAAACUUUUGUAGACUUUUUUUCUUCGAAUUUGACCCCUAAGUUUUUGAAAGUGUAUAAUCUUUCCCUUUUAUGUGUAUUUUUCUCAAUUCUGAAAUACAAAGGGAUAAGAAACAGCAUCAUUCCCU